UUAUCUGAUCCGGUCUUACCAAUCAUUAUUUUUCUUUCAUUGAAAUAUGUCUUGUUAUUUCACGGUAUAGACGUCGAUAAUGCUUUAGUAUCAAGGUAUGUGCGAGACUAAUAUACCUGUGAGCGUGCCUUGUUUACUACCAAACGGUAGUGGGGAGAUUUCUCCAAAUGUCCUCUCAAGCCCUAGGGAUAUAUACCAGCGUUCAGUGUAAUGGACUUUUGCUUUGUGGGCUCCGGACCGGCCAUUAUGUCUCGAUUGUGUAGUAUUUAUUUCUCUAAUUGAUGUAUUGGUAGUUGGAUCGAUAACGUUAGCCAGGAACGGUACAAUUCUGUUUGAAGUGCUACGUACGUUAAUUAUAGAUUUACCUGUUUAUAUUUAGUUCAGGUUUCGAAUAUAACACACUAUUGGAGAGUGUUGGUUUCUAAAGCUACGUACUCCAAAUUGUCACGUGCGUGAAAUGAACGUUUGGUGCUUGUCUUUUGGCCGAUAUUGGACGAUGAUGUGAGGACUAAAAGCUUUAUUGUGUUUACACGUGAGAAACCAGUAACGUUGAGAUGAUUCGAGGCAGUGACGGAAUGGCCAGUAGCUCCAUGAAUAAAGUGGUCAUCGAGGACUUUGUUGUGGUCAAAGUUUCCCAAAAGGGACAUAUCACAACAACCCGGCCAAGGAGCGGGAAAAAGAAAGCGUGCGACCGUCCUGCAAGUCGAACGACAGUCCGCGCACCCAUCCUUCCCGGGAGUCCGGCCCAUACGGACAGGCCUUACAGCCGGACCACGGGCCGCUCCUCUCCCAUUCGGCUGUAUCCCAAGAGCCCCACCCUCAUUAGCGAAAGGGUAUACAGUGCCUACGCCAGGAGUCGCCCGUCAACCGGGAAAACCAUCCAAUCAAAGAGUCACACUAUGACGUCAGCAACAAAAUCGGGGCGGGAAACCAGCGCCAGCUUCCGUCCUAUCGACAAUGCGUUCAUUGAGGUCACUAAGGAUGUGAUAGGACUCAGUGUUUGGCGGAUAGAGAAUAAACUAAAAGUGGUUAAAAUAGAUGAACAAGAGCAUGGAUUUUUCCAUGAAGGAGCAGCGUAUGUCGUGCUAAAGGUUGAUGCCGAGGAAGUGACAUCCUUACACUACUGGUGUGGACUGGCGUGUCCAGAGUCGGAGGCAAAAUUGAUAGAACAGAAGGCCCAUGAACUCGACAGAAUCCUUAACUAUGCCACAUUAUUUUCGAAAGAGACUCAAAGUCUUGAAUCAACACGUUUCCUGCGACUUUUCCCAGAAGGCGUGAUAUACAUUGAGAGUAAACCAAAGACGACGGUCAGCCGAGCGGCAGCAUAUAUCAAAAGCAUGUACAAAGUGAUGGGCCGGAAGUACAUCCGAGCUGUUUGUGUUGAACCCUCCCUGGACGCCCUUGAUACUUCAUCGGCCUGUAUACUUGAUGGACAUCCCCGAAUGUACGUUUGGGUGGGAUCGCACUGCCCGUACAGCACCAGGAUAAGGGCAAUUAAUUUAGCGAAGAAAUUCCGCAACAUGCAGAGGAAAGGAAUUGCUCAUAUUAUAGUUAUAGAUGAAAAAGACGAAAACAUGAACACGGCUUUCCUAAAGAAGCUCCCGAAUGGCCACACUUCAUUGACCAACGGUCACACUUCAAUGACCAACGUUAACCACCUGGAACCUGGAAGUGUCUCAGGGGAGGGUACAGAGAAUACCGUACUUCACAGAGUGAGCGGUGAGAAGGUCAUGUAUGACAUGCCAGAAGCUUCACGAUGUCCUCUGUAUCACAAGUACCUUGUCCGAAGGGACAGCUAUUUAUUAGACCGUGGUCCGAACGCACCCCUGUAUGUGUGGGUAGGACAUCAGGCGAGCGAAGGAGGGAUCAGCAACGCUCUCCUACGGGGCAAGGCCUUUUGUGAACAUCGGGGUUAUCCUUCAACCAUGACGGUGUGUCGACUGAUGGAGGAUCAUGAACCCACAGAGUUUAAGAAAAAUUUCUACGACUGGCGUGAAACAGAUACGAAACGGCGACAGCUUACGAAAAAGUACAGCAUAGGAAAUAUUGAACGAGCGUUGUUUUCCACCAAAGACAACAGGACGGUGGCCAAGAUGAACGAACAUUGGUCUGAUGACGUGUUUCCUGAUGGUGAUCCAGAUACAGAGGUGUGGCGCGUGCAGGGUGACACAUUGGAGCAGGUGCCCUGGGAUCAACAUGGAGUGUUUACGAACGGACAGUGUUAUAUCAUACGACACCGCAUCACGGAAGAUGACGGCAAUGUACACACCGUUAUCUACUACUGGAUGGGGUCCAAAAGUCCAGAGAGUGUUCAACAGAAGACCAUCGACCUGGUACUAGACAUGAACAAAGCAAUUGGAUACAAGUGUGUUCUCGUUCGAGUUUUAGAUGAAAAAGAACCACCACACUUUAUGUCAACAAUACAGAACAGUAUUAUUGUGUACGAUGAAGAUUUACAAGAUAAGCCUUCCGACCGACAGAUGUACUGUAUCAGGGAGUUAGACAACGGCAGUAUGAGGGUACAACAGGUACCGGCAUCAUCAGAGUGGCUCAAUACAUCUGCUUCCUUCGUAUUGACGACACCAUCCGCGUGCUUUCUAUGGUAUGGAAAGAAAUCAGGAGGUCAUGAACGAGAGUAUGCCAAGAACCUAUUGGGAUUCCUCAAUCCAUCUAGAAUGUACACGUUUGACAUUGUGACAGAGGGUAAAGAGGGUAAUGCAUUCUGGCAUAUGAUGGGACCCGAGAUAGAGCAUCCAAAGGAAUUCUCACAAGAUAAAUUAGAACGCCGACCUCCCAGGAUGGUCAUCUGUCACCUAGACCAAGGUUCACAAUACAAAUUCCAGGAUAUCGAUAACUUCACACAACAGGAUUUAGCGGACGCAAACAUGUUCAUUUUGGACACUUUCGAUCUGGUUUACUUAUGGACCGGUUCCACAGUAAAUGACGCCAUCAGAAGCCAGGCAUACACAAUUGUCAAGGCUUACAUGCAGAGAGAUCCUGCAGGACGAACGUUUGAUACGGUACGGGUGUGGAUGACGUCACAACAGGACGAGUCUGAAACCUUCACAAAGUAUUUCCGACAAUGGUCAACUAACGGAUAUUGCGGACAGGACAAAUAUGACUUAGCUAGGAAGCGAAUACGACAGGAAAACGCUCGGAUAGAUGUAGAACGACAGAUGGUAGACAGGUCUCACGUGAAUUAUCCGAAGCAUGACUAUCGCCUUCUCCUCCGGGAGGAACAACCAGAAGACAUCGACGACCAACACAAGGAGUUCCAUCUGACGGACAAGCAGUUUUUUGACGUUAUGCGCCAUAGACGGGUCGAGUUUUACCGACUACCUCUAUGGAAACAGCAACAAAUUCUGAAGUCAACUCGUCUGGCUUAUAUUCCUCCUGCAACCAAACCUCUGUCCAUCAGUACUCCGAACACACAGGAAACGUGAUUAAUGCAUGAAAGCAUGGUUACUGUAGCACGUUAUUAAAGGAAGUGUCGAGCUGAUCUACAUUUCGCGGAGAGAGUCUUAAGAAAGACAAAAAGAACAUUUAAUGGUUGAAGCAAUUGUUUCAGCGCAUUAACUGAGGAAAGUGCUAAUAUAAAUGUUAUAAACAAUUGUUUUGAACGCAUGUGAUAGUCAUAAACAUGGCUUGCGUAAAUGCAUCGACUGGAUAUGCUUGGUAACAGGCACUGCAGUUUAAACGUGUAUCUCAAGUCAGAUCAUAACAAUGAUGUAACCUUUGCAUAUUUCUUGACAUAGCUGCUAGAAUUGCUGGCGUUUGCAUUGGACACAUUAUAAUAUAAGAUUACUUUAUAUAAGUCAAUCUCAUAUAGAAUCAUUUUACCCCAUUUAACAGAGUUAUUGGACUGCAAAUUGCUUGAUAUAUGUCUGGUCGACUAGCUAAGCAUAUUUGAAGCAUUAAUUGGUAUAUUGGGCCGUUUGUUCAUUAGACCCAACGUUACAUGAUAUAGAGGCUAAAAAUGCAUCAAGGGUAAUACUUUCUCUUCGUGGGGACAUUGUUAGUGGGAAAUGUCACCGGUAUAUUUUAAUGCAAAUGACACUGAUUAUAUUGCUUGAAUGAAUGAGCAAAAUUGUAAUAGAACGAGUGAAUGACAUUCGAAUGAUAAUAUGCUUAAACGUGUGCGACAGUUGGAUGAAACUUUGUAUGACAAAUUCGUGCUAGAUUACAAUUAUUUAAAUGUGUGUAGCGCAAUUCGAUUGCAAUAUAUACGAUUUAGGAGGUACUAUUACAUUAAUUUGCAUUCCAUCCUUUGUAUGUCAAUAAUAUUUUCAUUUUAUAUUUACAUAAUUUCCGAGCCUAUUGUGAUAUAAUUAUUCAAUUGUAUUCAUCGUUAUAUAUUUAUUACUUACCACGCAACAUUGUUAUCGUUACUGUUACCUAGGUAACAGACAUUUUUAUGAAUUAAAAUUUUCAAC